UUGACUAGAAGGGAGUCAGCAAACGCCGAAAUCUCGCGAGAUGUUGGUGUUUAGGCUAAGGUUUAGGAUAAAAACAGCGGUUCUUGCUAAAUGGGGAUGCAGCUAUGCUCUAAAUUCCGUGAAUUGCUUUGUUUGAGGGUUUUGUUUUGGGGCAGGAUUAUGAUGAAAACAGCGCUUAUACCGUGAGAUUUCACGAGAUUUUGUCGUUUGCUGUAUCCCUUCUAGGUACAACUCUUGCGAUUGUUGUCCUGCCUAUUUCCGGUGCAAUUUGAACCGCUUUCAAUCAUGCGGGUUGGCUUAAACAUAAUUCAUACUUUAAGCAACAUUAAACUUUAUGGAAUUGCACCUUCUUUAGAAGUGUUUACUUGUUGGGAUAACACUAGGGAUAUACAAGAUACACCAGAGCUCCACGUGGCUUUUAGAGGUGGAAUUUCGAUACUGAAAAUCCAAACUAUGUCAUCAGUCGACGAGGACGAUGAGGUGGCGCCAACCGCGCCAUUAACCAUCGUUACGCGCCAAGCAGAUAAAGGAUAUGUGGAUUUGACGAGGAUGGAUGAGAAAAGAACUGCAACGCGGAGUGGUAGGGCAAUUACCAAAAAACCCCGCAAAUACAGCUCAAAUGAAUAUGUUCUGUGUGCUCGGAAGAAUGUUCAGACUGAAAAUCCGGCAAGCUCAUCAGCAGAACCUCAGCCUGGAGUACAUCAAACCACUGAAACUGAAGGUGCACCAACAUUACAGAUCGCACUUGACAGAGCAAAACAGACAAUUGACAUUCAAAAGCAGAAGAUUGUUCACCUUCAAGAUAAGGUUGACUUGCUGACAGAAGACAAACAUUUCCUCAAAUCAAGGUUGGAGGAUGCACUAAUUCUGAGGCGUGAAGCAGUUAAUUCUCCAGGCCAGCCCCUGACUGCACCGUCAUCCACCAUUGUUGCAUCACAGGGGAAUGGGUCCAGCAGUGAAUCUUCUGAUUCCUCAGACUCUUCAGAUUCAUCCGAUUCUGAACCUAGAGGAAAGAAAAAGAAAAAGGAUAAAAAGCAUAAAAACAAGAAGAAAUCCAAGAAAAUGAGGGUUGAUUUCAGGAGAGUUAAAACUCCUGAAGACUCCAUCAGACGGUACCAUCAAGUGCUGCAGUUGGUUAAAGGUGGCUUCAGUAAAGCUGAAGCUUACAACAAAACACAUGUUGACAGGAAUACCAUUGUCGCUCAAGCCCCUAUUGCAGAGUUGGCAACUGCAAAUCCUGAGCAAUACAAAGCUUUAAGAGCAACCUUUAAAAAGGGAGAAAGCAUCCAAAAAUUUUCUGACCUCUGUCGUACAAGUUGCCUGGCUCAGCCCAACGUAGACAUGAUAAAAAAAUUGAAAGAGAGUAGUGGCCUUCUUGAUAUCUCCAAGAAGUAAGAUAUGUACCCGUAGGUGCAGUACGCAAAUCAGGGAAUGUUUGUUACAAUGAGAGGUUACUGGUUGAAGUGUUGGUUAUAGUGAACCUCAUAGCAGUGUUCUUUAAUCGCAGUUUUGUAUACUGUUUAUUUCUUUUAUUUCUCAACUGUUAAGUAGUUUUGUUUUAAGUAAAGUAAAUUCAAGUACAUUUUAGCAUCUUGAUUUUAGAUGUCGUGUAUCUUAUUUCUCGGAUUUUAAGGAGUGUUUUAAAAUCAGAUUUUUGUUUUAUGUUUAGCAUUGAUGUAAGAUGCAGCAUACCUUACAUUUAAAAAGCUUUGUUAAAUUAAAGCUCCAUUAUUUAUUUAUUUUAUUCUGUGCUGCUGAACCUGUUUGUCAAAGUAUUCAUUUUGUGCUGGUUCAUAAUAAAAACCACUUUGGUGGAUGUUAGUUGGGAUUUUACUUUUUUUUACUAACUCAUCAUUAACUUCUCAUAAAAUAACAUAAAUUCAUGAUUUGUUAAUGUGUCAUCAUGUCAUGACUUUACUUGGGGAGGCACAUAAUUACUAACUCAUCAUUAACUACUAGUAAAAUAACAUAAAUUCAUGAUUUGUAAAUGUGUCAUCAUGUCAUGACUUUACUUGGGGAGGCACAUCAUUACUAACUCAUCAUUAACUACUAGUAAAAUAACAUAAAUUCAUGAUUUGUUAAUGUGUCAUCAUGUCAUGACUUUACUUGGGGAGGCACAUCAUUACUAACUCAUCAUUAACUACUAGUAAAAUAACAUAAAUUCAUGAUUUGUUAAUGUGUCAUCAUGUCA